UUUCUGGCCAAUAUUCUCAGCUAUGAAGACCUUUACUUGCUUGAGAAUGUCCAUUCCUAACUUCCCAUUGUUUAGCCCCAGUUCCUUUUCACUCAGACAAAAUUUUCCUAAAGUUUGUUGCCUACAGAACCCUAAUCUAGUUUCAGAAGAGUUCAAGUACAAGAAGAAGCAUACAAAAUCUGGAAAUUUUGCAAUUAGCUCAGUUUCAGAGACAUCUCCAGUAUUGGGUUUGGAGGAUGCAUUGAUGGGUUUCAUUUAUGGCGAGAGAAAAGUAACAGAAGUAGCUCACUCAGUAUGGCGGCAUGUUGUUCGAGGAGGUGAUAUUGUGAUCGAUGCUACAUGCGGGAAUGGCCAUGAUACCUUGGCUUUGCUUAAGAUGGUUUCUAAUGGAUCAGGUCAUGGACAUGUAUAUGGACUAGAUAUUCAGCAAUUUGCUUUAGAUAGUACUCAUUCCUUGCUAGAUGAAGCGGCUACUCUCUAUGAGAGGGGACUGGUUAAGCUCUUUUUACUAUGCCAUAGCAGAAUGGAGGAAAUUGUACCUGAAGGUGUAUCCAUUAGGCUUGUGGCAUUCAACUUGGGUUACCUUCCUGGAGGUGAUAAGGCGGUAAUAACCUCACCAAAGACGACAUUACCGGCCUUGGAAGCCACUACCAGGAUUCUACAAAGGGGGGGGUUCAUCAGUGUAAUGGUUUACAUUGGUCAUCCUGGUGGAAGAAUGCCCAACUAUUGCAUUCCCAGGGAAGAGUUGGAGACAGUUGAAGGGUUUGCUUCUGGUUUGCCGGCUGGAUCGUGGUCCUGCAGCAGGUUCACAAUGUUUAAUCGCCCAGCUUCACCUGUCCUUUUCCUGAUAUUCAAGAAGUGUGGGUUCAUUGAAAUGGGCACUUCAUCUCUCCCCCUCCCUCUCUCUCUCCCAGUUAAGGGAUGAAUCGGAAAUAAUGUAUUGCAACAAAGCCGCUCAUUUUUUCAUGUAUGGAUCAUUGCAACAAAGCCGCUCAUUUUUUCAUGUAUGGAUCAUUGCUGCUGGUGAAUUUUGGCUGGAC